AUGAGCAGAGACAGCUCCUUCGAUAACAACCCCAUGGAGGACUCCCAGGAUUCAGAGGAGACAAUGGAGCAAUUCGAUGAGGUUCGCCAAUAUUUCUCUGAAGAAGAGUGUGCAAAACUGGGACGUUUAGGCCAAAAAAUUUGUGUGUACAUGAAGAAAAACUAUGAGUACCUGAUUGGGCAAGUGCUGGAGCUCCUGGGAUCCAGGGAAGAUGAGACUAAUCCCUGGCUUGGCAGACUGAGGGAAAGAAAGAACGACAUAGUCUAUGAAGAGAUCAGUGACCCAGAGGAAGAUGACUAA